AUGAAUGCAUUUCGACCCUUCUUUCGCCAGGGUGCCGAUUGGGCCUUUGUAGGACAUAGCUCAUCCUUCCCAGACAUCGGGGCUGAUGACGCUGGCAACCUCUCGAAAUUUCGGCAGUGCAAGUCCAAGUCAAUACCGGGGUGCAAAGCCUUUCACGUUUCAAAAGAGAAUAGCUCCAAAUCAGAAGAAGUUCCUGUUGGAGAUGAUGCCCUCGCGGGCGAGUUGACGGAUCAAGUUCUUGUCUUCCAGUACAAGGGCAAAUUCCAUGCCGUCGAUCAUUCGUGCCCGCAUUCCUCAUACCCUUUGUCGCAAGGCACGCCGUUCGAUAUUGAAGACUUUGGGAUGGUUCUUAGCGCUGGGUUGACUUGUCCCAAGCAUGGUUGGUCAUUCGACGUGUUUUCUGGAAUGUCUGAUAGAGGCUCCUAUAGACUCAAGGUGUGGGAAGUCCAACUACGAGAUAUGACAAAGACGGAGACCUCUCACGCUACUGAGAAGGCAGAGAGUGUCGCAGAAGUAGUAGAUAAAGAGGUAUGGGUGAGGAGGAAACAAAGAAUCGGCUAG